CUUACUUACAGCAGGUGUUUGUCAGAGCGAAUCUGACGACAGUAUCAGAGGCUCAGCUGGAAGUCUGGAUCCAGAAAGUUCUGCCUUCAUUCAUACAAAAUAUCACAGUCCAACAGACCACACAGUACUUCAGCAUUGUACAGCAGAUACCCUGCUCCAUCAGCCAGUAGGGGGUGCAGCUGUUAAACUCGUCUGUAUCCACCUUCCAGCCUGCAACACAAGAUCAGGUCUACCAACAAAUCCUUAAUUCUCUACAAGGCCCCACCCCACUGGGUUGCUAUGGUAACCAGAGUUACUACUCCUUCUUGGUGUCAUCCUUCAUGAGUUUCCAGUUCCCGAAUCUGAGCACGUUCCUGUUGCUGAUGCCUUCUGCUUGAGUGCCAGAGCUGUUGGAUUCGAUGUCUCCAGCAGAGGUCAGCAGCCUUCUGAACUAGCCGAAUGCUGUGGACAAUGUAACCAAAGUCUGCAAGCUUCUCACAAACUACCCAAAAACAUCUCAGUACUUACAGACGGAGCGGGUGGGUUCUGUUGGUUUGGCCCAGCAGGUAUUGUCCUGCGUGUGGUCUCGGGUUCUGAAGGUGAAUGUCCAGUCUGAGGUGGAUCAGUGGUUUGAUUAUCGACUCGUGCAGUAUCUGCCCUUCCUCACCUCACAGCUCAUCAGUCCAGACGUCAUGUUGGAGACCUCCUGCCUCUCCUUCAGGAAGUUCUCCUAGGUGUCCGGCCAUGGGGUGCGAGUGAGCCAACUAGAGCACGAUCUCCAUCUUUGUACAGGGCACCACCAAGAGCCGUUUCUCCAACCCCCACCUUGUGUCAGUUAUGGGUAAAUACACCUACAGUGCAUCAGACCUCUCUCAAGGAGACAUCUACAGUAUCAUCCAGAUAUAUCUGAACACCUCUUCUGCUCUGAAAUGUCAUAAUGCCUCUCAACCUGAUCUUAACUCCACUGCCUGGUUCGCCAACUACAUCGGUGUCUUCCUGAGCUUCAUCACACUGAAUGACCUCCACCUCUUCAGCUCCUCAAAGCUCCAGCCGUUCACAGUAAACCUGGAGAACCUUCAACUCUUCAAGCAGUUCAGCGUUCCUGAUAACGUCACACAGUUCUACAUGAAUCUGUUGUUCCUGGAGAACCCGUCCUUCAGUGCUUUCCAAUAAGUUUCUCUGUCUGGCUCCUCCGAACUGCUUCCUUCAGUUGAGUGUGGAGCAGUUAAUGAUUGUCUCACUGGACAUCCAGCAGACAUGCACCAACAUACUACCAGAAGUGUCGGCCGCUCUGGUGAGUAAUGCCCCUGAUCUGACGGUGGACUCCAUUAUGGCUCUCAAUCAGUGGUGUACAGGUUUGAGUACAUAUCAGAUCAGUCAGACAGAAGGGGCGGUGCUUAAGAACGCUCUGUCGGUUCUCAGUGCUGUGAUUGGCUGGAAUCAAGAUCAGGCCAUAAUGAUCAUUCAAAAGCUUCUGUUGUCUGGAGUUUACCAGAUUUAUGAUGUGAAAAGACUUCAGGAUUUGGGUUCAUUAAUCAUCGGAGUUUCAUCAUCAGUUAUCACCUCAAUUCCAAACAAUUUUGUGCUUGGCGCCGUCCAAUCACCAUCAUUCCUGGCCAACGUGAAGACUGCACCUGUGAUCAUCCAACAGACUAUAGUCAGCCAGAUGGACAAGCAGAAGUUUCUGAAGACAUUUAUUCGUGGACUGAGGAAGAGUGGCAUUUCAGAGAUGAAGAUCAUAAAUAUGAUGAGCAUGGUGAAAGAGUCGAGCAAAUCCUUAAGAUUCAAAAGAGCCACCGAAUGUACAGUAGGACAAAUAAUGCAGGUGCAGAUUUAUAGCGAUAGUUUUCCAUUUAACUACGAUGUGACUCAGUUUAACGUCUGUUUGAGCGUUCAAACACUGAAGUUCAACCUGGAGGCCAUCACAGAUAAAGUCUAUGACAGAGACUUCCAGAGAAUUAUCCUCAAUAAACUCAACCAGGCGUAUCCUGAUGGAAUCCCUGAUGAGGUGCUGCAGGUUUUAGGCUCCUCCUCCCGUGCGGCCAUGCCUGAUGAUGUCAAAAAAUGGAGCGUGACGAAGAUUGACACACUGUCAUCUCUGAUGAACUCACGCAAUGGAGACUGGGACCAUCAAAUGGUUCAGCUGAUCAUCAGUAAGUAUUUAAGUGUGAGUGGAAACUUUCUGGGCACUAAUGAACUGAACUCCAUCAGAGGAUCAAACCUCUGUGCACUGAACGCAAGUGUGCUGAACAACAUCACCGCAGCCAGUGUGGAGCAGGCUGCUGCUCUCUCACUAAAUGCAGUUCAGAGAAGAAGAGGAUUCUGUUCAGUAUCGCUUAGAAUGCAUUCAGUGCAAUAAACACACGCUGUACAGACACCAUCAGCUACACAACAUACCAGCUCAUGCAGUCUUACCUCGGUGGUGCUGAUUCUACGUUUAUUCGUAAACUUGUAAAUUCCAACGUCAAUAUGGAUCUGAUCACCUUCAUUAGUCUGGAGCAUAGCGUAAUCAACACGCUGAAUGUGGUCGACGUGAAGAGUUUGUUGGGUGUGAAUGUAGCUGAUCUGAAGACAUAUGAAAGUGCAUCACAGGUGCAGGAUUGGAUUAAACUGCAGCUGCAGUCAGAUCUUGCCAUGCUCAGCAUCGGCCUGACGGGUGGCACACCUUCAUCCACCAACAGCACAACGAAAGCACCGUCAUCAGAGCAGCACUGUCACCAUCUCCACCACAGCUGCAGGGUCGAGAGUUUGGACACCUGUCUGUCUGCAGCUGUUCCUAUUGGCUGUUACUAUGACGACACUCCAACUGCUACACUGAUGAUGUCACAGUAUCUGUAUUUACUGUCUCUGUUCAAUACUUAAAGAUGUUUUGCACUUUCAGUUUUAUUGUUUUUCAUGAAUUCAUCACAUCUUCAAAGGUUAUUAUUACUUACAUGAACUAUUUCUGUGAAUAUAAAUUAAUCAUAUUUGAUUGGGCUGAAAUCAGAUACAUCAGCAGGUUUUCCAGUGAGAAUAAUACAGAUAGAUAAAGUUCUGUUGGUCACAUCUGAUUCACAUCAGCGACUGCCCGUUACAGAUUCAGCAAAAUGCAAUAAAUAAUCUGAUUACAUUAACUUCA